GUGUGGGUGAGUGUGGCGUUCGGCGUUCUGGCCUUUCCUUGCCUCUUUGUCUUAAAUCUUGUGUAUUUAAGAGCAGAGAUAGCCUGAACGCCGGGACUCCUGGCUGGGAUCGUUACUCGUUAGCCUCCUGCCUCCGGUCCUUGCUUGGUGGGAUUUAUUGUGCCCAUAGCCGGAAGCAGUGUGGAUACUGCUUGUCUUGAGACGAUUACUUCUUUUUCCUCCCAAUUUACACAUGUGCCCCAGAAUAUAUUUGAAAGCGAUUUUAAAGUGUCGAUUGAUGAGGUUUUGCUGUCAGUUCAAGUAACGAGAAAUGGAAGGUUCCGCGAAAGCGUCAGUCGCUUCUGACCCAGAGUCCCCUCCAGGUGGUAAUGAGCCCGCUGCUGCCUCUGGGCAGAGGCUUCCAGAAAAUACUCCUCCAUGCCAGCAAGUAGAUCAGCCAAAAAUGCAGAAGGAGUUUGGGGAGGAUCUUGUAGAGCAAAAUUCGAGUUAUGUGCAAGAUUCUCCAUCCAAGAAAAGGAAACUUGAUGUUGAAAUCAUCUUAGAGGAAAAGCACUCUGAGGAUGAUGGAGGUUCGGCAAAGAGAAGCAAACUGGAAAGAGGUGAUGUGUCGGAAGAUGAGCCUUCCCUUGGUAGGCUUAACCAGACCAAGAGAAAACUGCAGCCUCAGGACGAUGAGGUACCGCAGAAGUUGCAGAAGCUGGAGGAAGGACACAGCUCAGCCGUGGCUGCCCACUAUAAUGAGCUUCAGGAAGUUGGCCUGGCGAAGCGUAGUCAAAGUCGCAUUUUUUACCUAAGAAACUUCAAUAAUUGGAUUAAAAGUAUUCUGAUUGGGGAAAUUUUAGAAAAGGUACGACAAAGAAAAACCCGUGACAUCACUGUUUUGGACCUGGGAUGUGGAAAAGGUGGAGAUUUGCUCAAGUGGAGGAAGGGGAGAAUUAGCAGGCUAGUGUGUGCUGAUAUCGCUGAUAUUUCUAUGAAACAAUGUCAACAGCGUUACGAAGACAUGAGAUGUCGUCGCGAUAAUGAGCAUAUUUUUAGUGCAGAAUUUAUAACUGCUGACUGUUCAAAGGAACUUUUGGUUGAAAAAUUCCGUGACCCAGAAAUGUACUUUGAUGUCUGCAGCUGCCAGUUUGCUUGCCAUUACUCCUUUGAGUCCCAGGUGCAGGCGGAUACGAUGCUUAGAAAUGCCUGCGGGAGGCUUAACCCUGGCGGCUAUUUUAUUGGCACCACUCCCAAUAGCUUUGAACUGAUAAGACGCCUUGAAGCUUCAGAAACAGAAUCAUUUGGAAAUGAAAUAUACACUGUGAAAUUCCAGAAGAAAGGAAAUUAUCCUUUAUUUGGCUGCAAAUAUGACUUUAACUUGGAAGGUGUUGUGGAUGUCCCUGAAUUCUUGGUCUAUUUUCCAUUGCUAACUGAAAUGGCAAAGAAGUAUAAUAUGAAACUAAUCUACAAAAAAACAUUUUUGGAAUUCUAUGAAGAAAAGAUUAAAAACAAUGAAAACAAAAUGCUCUUAAAACGAAUGCAGGCCCUGGAGCAAUACCCUGCACAUGAGAACUCUAAACUUGCCUCUGAAAAGGUGGGUGACUACACGCAUGCAGCAGAGUACCUGAAGAAGAGCCAAGUGAGGUUACCUCUGGGAACCUUAAGUAAGUCAGAAUGGGAAGCUACAAGUAUCUACUUGGUCUUUGCCUUUGAGAAGCAGCAGUGAGCACGUUGCUUUAGAGCAGCACUCCAUCCUCCCAGGUGGAGCAGACCAUCUCAGAAACAUUUGACAGCUGUUUGUUUAUUUUAAUAGUAAGUUCUCAAUGUGUAGGAUGCUGCCACAAACUUCAGUGUAUGAAUUUGACACUUACUGUCUGUGACAGGUUAGCAUAAUGUGUGUACAUAGGGAUGAGUUGUCUUGAAGAUCUAUUUUUAAGUACUGUUGUAAUUGUUCCCCUCUACUGUCAAAACUCUAGCAAGGCAUGUCAGAGCAGCUGACCUCCCCAGUGCUGUGAUGUGUGAGCAGCUGACCUCCCCAGUGCUGGGAUGUGUGAAUGUGUUUACAGAGCUGAUUUGACAGUCGCUAGAAUUGGCAGAGGAACGUUCACGUUUCCUUACAGUGUUUUUCAAGAUUUAAUGGAUUGUGUUCUGUAUACUUGAAUGUAAGUGUUCAAUAUAUAUUGCUAAAGUUAUAAGAUUAAAUUUUGAUUUUAGAUUGUCCUAAGAGCUACCUGGCUAGAUUUUGACCGUGUUUCAAUAAAAUAACUAUUUGCUAAUACACUGCAAUUCUGAGACUCUAUAGACGAACUUAGAUGGCAGCACAGAGUUAGUGUGGACUGGUUGGAUGUUCUCUUUAGAAUUUCUUACCGUAGCAAUUAGCAUAUCUAAUUACUGAGGUUGUGAUUAAGGUACGAGUAACUUCACUGGACAGUGAUUCCAUGGCUAGAUUUCCUUAAGGUUUUGUGAAAAUGCCACGUCCUAAUUGUGUUCCAUAAUGUUUUCCGAUGGAUGUGUGCACGUGCAGUAGGAACAGCACAGUGAGAUGCAUUUCAGAUGAAUCCUCACCAAUAAGACAACUCACUCACCAAUGCUGUAUCCUUCCAGGUCCCAACAUGCAGCUCCUGCCCGUCUCACAACACUGGGACUCCCUCCCUAAGGCAGACCCCGCUGUCUAAUUGUCUUUCAGACAUUAACUGUUGAGACGUUAAUGGUGUAGUAGUCGGCGUGGCUGCCUUCCAAGGGUUUACUUGCUGUCCCACAGCCAUCAUGAUUGUCAUUGUCAGUUAGAGAGCCGUCUUCUAGAACUGAGGCCACACUGAAGAAACUUGUCAGCCUUUACAUCAAGAAACUUAAGAGCAAAUAUAAUUAGACAUUUGUUUAAAAAUCACUUACUUAAAGGACAAUUUACAAAGAUGCUACUUUCUGUAAAAAUCUAUAGUACUUGCUUUUAAAAUAGGCUCAGGGCCAGAGAGGUGGCUCAGUAGUUCAGAGUGCUGGCUGCGCGUGGAGAAGACCCAGGUUCAGUUCCCAGCACCUACAUGACAGCUUACAACCAUCAGUAACUCUAGUUCCAGGGGAUCUGACAUCAUCUUUUGGCCUCCCUGGGCACCAGGCAUGUGCAUAGUACAUACAUAUAAUGUGCAGGCAGAAUACACAUAUAAAGUAAAAAUAAUUACUUAAAAAAAUUAAAGUUAUAAUCUAGUUUAUAUAGUCACUGUUCUUAGUAUUUAGAGGGUAGAUUUGGUUCUGGUGCGGGGGUUGUGGGUUGUGGGUGGAUGGGGAGGAAUGUUCUUGCUCUUAGAAAUUCAGGCUCAUUUUAUUCCUGGGGAAGUUCCAGAAAGUAUUUUGAUGAUGUGGCGUAGUAGAGAAAGCUUCGUCACAAUUCAUGAUCUUAGUUAACAGUUGGUACGUCAUUUUUAGUCUUUUUCUGCCCUUUCCAUUCCAUCCCAUGGGUCAUUUUUAGGAGAGAAGAAUUCUUCAAAGGGUGGAAUAAUUGAUGGUUAUCCCAAGCAGCAAGAAGAGAAAUGUGGAGGUCUUGGGCCCUUCCCUGAGGACUCAGAGAAAACUGGCCUGGGUCUGAGAUGGGCUCUAGUCAUUAUACCUACUGUCAAAGACAUAGGAGAGUUUCCAUGAUGUCACCCUACAGAAACAGUUCAAGCAGCUGCCUUUUUCCUUUUGUGUUCCUCUCUGUUGAACGUCCAUCCCUCCACCCCUCCUUGCAGAAGUUCAGUGACUCAGGAUGGAUUCUUGAGGACAAGAAUGGGAAGGUGGUCUUUUCCAUUGUUUCAACAAAUAAGACUUUGCCCAGCAUUCUUGGAACCUAAAUGUUUAAUUUUGUCAUGACUUGUAGUACCUGAUGAGAAAGGUGUGGCUUUUCAUUGCAGUAUCCAGAAAGAGUCCCUUCUCUUGGGUUCAGUGAUGAAAAUGGUUCAGAUGGGCUGUUCAGAUACGUCUAGGCCUGUCACACAGUGUAUGCUCAGGUUGUUUCCAAAUGAAGAUCAGGGGCUGGAGACAGAGAUCUCAGGUUAAGAGUGCUUGCAACUUUCAGAGGACUUUAGUUUGGUUCCCAACACACAUAUCAAGUGGCUUAGAACUACCUGUACCUCCAAUUAAAGGUACUUCAGCACUCUCCUUUAGUCUUUGCUGGCACCCGCACAUACAUGCAGAUACCUACACGUAAAUAAAAAAUCAAAAGAAGAGCAUGUGGGCCAUUUUUGGGAAUGACACAACUUGAACUAGAGGUAGUUGGCUUGGGGACAAAGCUGCACAGCAGUAGGACCUAGAACAUGGACUUGUUUGGGUCUAGAAUUUACUCGGGAACAGUCCAGUGUAUAGUGUUGAUGGAGAGAAGCUGAGGAGUUGUCUGUCCCUCCCCAUCCUUCUGGUAACCUAACCUGUACAGAGAGCUGCAAGCCUGUCAGAGCUGGCUCACACACCACUUCAGUGCCCCUGAGCACAUUAGGGACUCUUAACAGCAAGCAAAGACUAAGUAGAGUCACUCAUAAGUAGUGGACCCUGUCUGAUAACUGAGUGGCAGAGAGAAGAUAGAGAUUUCUCAAAAACAGAGCCCUGUUGAAACUUCUACUCUGUAGUGGGCUUAAAGUCGUAUGUUCACACACUUCUCAGGGUGUAACAGGUGGUUCCUGCAGCUUUGAGUGAUACUUACUGAGGCCCCUUAACUUAGAUGUAUUAAUUCCUGAGUAAGGCGCUUUAGUACAUAAGGUACCCUGGCAGGAAUAGAGAUAGAUUAUUCUUCACGGUGUGGAGACCUGGUCCUCUAACCGGACUUGUGAAAUGUAUGCACUAGAGGUGAUGGUGUUCCCCCAACCUUAUUGUGUGGAUCUAUCAGUGCAAAAGAGCCUCUUAAGAGAAGAUGCUGUCUCAGUGUGAAUUAAGUAGGCAGGCCUCAUUAUGUGAAUUUGCUUGCUUAAACUCUGUUGAAGUGUUGUAUCUAUACAGGCGAUCAGGGAUUCUUCACAGACAGAACAUACAUGAAUGCAGAAGCCAGAGGUUCCCUUUUGCCUACUAUUUCUUCCACAGCCACCAUCCACUUUUAAGCAAAAUCCAUUUCAUCUGGCUUGAAAUAUGUGAAAUAAAAUAAAAAAUACGUUCCUUGGCUUUCACUCGGCAGUGUUCAUGAGACUCUUAUUCUCAAUAGCUGUACAUUGUUCAUUCUCAUGAUUGUACAGUAUUCCGUGUAUGAAUAAACAACAUUAUACAGUG